AUGUGGAUCAAUGAACCGCGGGCGCAGCGGGUUCUGGCCGAGCGGGACCUCGACGGCCUGUUCGCCGCCACCAAUAUUCCCAACGUCUUCUACCUGAGCGGGGUGUGGCGCCGGCAGGAUAUCGCCGCCAUCGUCACCCGGGACGCGGUGACGGCGCCGUGGCUCGUGAUUCCCCGGGGCGAGGUGGACUAUAUGGUGGACACCGUGCCGCCGGCGGGGGUGGUCACCUACGGCACCUUCUUCCGUGUGAUGGAAGACAACGUGCCGCUCACCGAGCGCGAACAGCGCAUCCGCGAGAUCGGCAUCGACCUGGAACCGGUGAAGGACUUCUUCGAGGGCAUCGUCCGGACGCUGGAGAACGCGGGCCUCGACCGGAGCCGGCUCGGCUACGACGAACGGGGUUUGGAUCCGGCCCUGGCGGAGCGGUUGAAGGAGCGGCUGCCGCACCUGGAGCUGGUGCCGGCCAUGUCGGCAUUCCGGGAGAUCCGCAUGGUCAAGAGCGCCGCCGAGAUCGAGCGCAUGACCGAGGCGGUGCGGGUCACCGAGCAGUCCAUCUACGAGGCCGCGCACGAGGCCCGCGAGGGCAUGACCGAGGCGAGAUGUGCCUCGCCUUCGACCUCGGGCAGGUGCGGCGUGGCGCCGAGCCCAACAUGA